GGCAAAUCUUCUUCUGCAGGCGGUAGAAUUAGGAGGCGACACAAGUGUUUCAUCUUGGUUCGUAGCUGACCGACUAGAUUCCCCCCAGUGUGUCUAGUGCAGUAAAAUGUUCGACUUUCUCAGCGACGGUUUCAGAUUUCUGGCUCCGCUCGCCUCCUGCGCCGGUUUGCCAGAGCGAACCCUGAUGGAUCCCUCGCCACACUCGAGCCUUACUGCGCUACGCGGAUCUACAGCGUUAAAGGUGCUGCUCUUGGCAGGUGGAGCAUUCGUAGCAAGUCGUCAGUGGAAACUCAACAAAAGUUACCGAGAGCUGACCGAGCGUGUCUCCACCGACUCCAGCAAGAUGCGGAGAAUACUGUGCCUGCUGCGAGAAAAGGAGGACGAGGUAGACAGCCUGAAAAUGCUCCUACGUGAGAGUGAAGUGGCUCUGCGAGAGCGUCCCAGGCAAGAACUGCUAAUUGAAGAGUUGCGGAAACGAGGAAACCUCUGCGAAAAGUGGGGCGCCGGCUGCGAGCUGCGCGGUGAGAUCGGCGCACUGAGGGAGCAGUUACGCGACUACGCGAGGGACAAAGAAGCAUUCUCUUCCAGAAUGAAUCACUUGGAAAACGAGAAGCAGAAAGUGCAGACGGAGGUGUGCGAAAUGCGUGAAAAGCUGCGCACCCAAGACGAAGUCUUCGAAGAGCGCGCCGCCGAAAUCACACAGAUCAAACGCCGCGCCCGACGGAGAGACGAACAUAUCGCCAAGUUCAUGGAGGCGAUGCGCAAUAUGGAACGACAGAUACGUUCAAUCCAACAGCAGAUGUGGGAGUGCCUGAGGGAGAAAGAGGCUCUCCGCGCCGAACUCGAAAACUUCAAACGACAAAAGUUGGCGGAGGAGCAAGUGCGGCAGAAGGUACUCCUCGAGGUAGUGCAAGAGGUCUUGAAGGGCAGAGGCAUGGGCAUCAUCAAGGGCAAUAACAAGGAUUGUCAGAUUCAGCAGGAAGACAAGGAAGAAGAACAGUCUGGGGAAUUAUCAAAAAUGAGAUUUGACCCAGAAUAUAUUAAUGUGUAUGGAAAGUAUGAAGUUGGCCACUUGUUGGGGAAAGGUGGUUUUGCCGAGGUGAGAGUUGCACGAAGGAGAGGAGACAACAUACCUCUCGCUAUCAAGUUUGCACAUUUACAAGUUGGAGAGCCGUGGAUCCAGCUGCCAGGUGAACCAAACAAUUACCCUUUGGAGGUUGGCCUCAUGAAGAUGACCACUGCUAGCCCUCCUUAUCCCCAUGUAAUCCAGUUGCUUGACUGGUUCAUAGGCCCAAACUACAUAGCUAUUGUCAUGGAACUGCCCAAGUGUCCCAUGAACCUUGCCGAGUUCAUGAUGAGCCAAGGGGGCUUCCUGAAUGAAGAGCAUGCAAAGAGGAUCUUCAGUCAGGUGGUGGAUGCCAUCUGUUUUUGCCAUGCUUGCUGGGUGUUCCACCGAGAUAUGAAACCAGAUAACAUUCUGAUCGAGAUGACCACUGGGAAUGUUAAGCUGAUUGACUUUGGCUGUGGGGCCAUACUAGAGCCAGAUGAGGACUAUGACAACUUUGCUGGCACCCUGUUUUAUGCCCCGCCGGAGUGGUUGGUAGUGAAGAGGUACAGAGCAGUCCCUGCAACGGUAUGGUCACUGGGGGUCACGAUGUUUGAGGUUCUGUGUGGACAUGUGCCUUUUAGGGAUAAAAAGGAGAUCAUGAAUGGCACAUUUGGCUUCUCCAGAGAACUCUCCACAGAGUGCCAGGACCUGAUCAACGGUUGCCUUUCAUUUGUUCCACUAAGCCGGCCAACCUUGGAGGAGAUCCAGAUUCACCCCUGGAUGGCUUAAAAGCAGUCUGAGCAGGCGAGUGACCCCAUUGUCCAGCUUUAAAGUAUGUUCUACAACAUCAAGCACUGUGUCUAAUGUAAAUGCUUAAGACUUUUUCAACAAUGACAGUAGACAGUGAAGAUGGAGAAAGCAAGAAGAG